GUUCCGUUAUAUCCUUAUAAUAAUGGUUCUCAACCAACUAAAAUUCGUAUUGCUAAAUUAACCUUACAAACCGAGGGAGAUUAUUAUUUUAAUGGAAAAGGUUAUUUUCCUACUAUUCCCCAUGAAACGGCUCAUGCUGACCCAACCUAUGCUGAAAUUAUCCAAGAGUUUCAGCAAGAAAUCGAAAAACAAAAAAAAGACCAAGAGCAAGCCGAAGAGACUAAACAGCAAGCCCAAACCCGAAUAAAUGAAAUCUAUUCCGAAAUCAAAGCACUUAUUCAGUCCCAAAUUACAGCCUUGGAAAGCUCUUUUAUAAUUAUUACCCCUGAAAUACUAGCCACCGAGCAAGAAAAGCAAGUCCAACCCGAAGACUUACAACCCUAUUUAAAAGAAACUAAUUUUGAGAAGUUUAAAGAUGCUGGGGGAACUAAGACAGCUAUUCCCAAAGGAGAUGAUACUUAUAUGCCUUAUCUUUCUUCGGUCAGUUUACAAAGGGUAGAAGAUAUAAGUGGUUGGGAUAGUUUAUCCGAUACUACUUAUAUUAUUCUUCCCAAAGGUUAUAAUGACCAAAGAACUUGUGAAGAUAUUAAAACUACUAUCGAAAAAGAUAAAAUGGUUGGUAUAUUUACUGGUUUGCUUGAAAAAUGGGCUGGGAUUUCCUUAAAUGAGGUUACUAAAUCCUUAUUUCACGACCAAAACACCGAAGAAAGCAAAGCCUCCGAAGAGAGAGAAAGUGAACGGAAGACUAAAUAUGCUGGGGCUAAAAAAGCUGGAAAUUAUUUAGCUCAAAAAGGUUAUUAUAAAUUAGUUCCUCAUAUUUUAGAAGGAGACAAAGAUGGUUUUUUUGCUGGGAUAUUUAGCAAAGGAGUAUACUUAUAUGAAGAACACCCUCACGAAUACUAUACUAUUAAACUAGAAAGAGGAAAAUAUACUAAUACUCUGUUAGUAGGAGGUAAUCCCCAAGUGGAAAUUUAUAAGAGUUCUUAUGUCCGGAGGCAAGAUGGAACCGGAGGGAAUAUUUUUGAAACUUUAAUGGACCAAGCCAACCGUUAUCGAAAUCAUUCUUACGAGGAUAGUAGAAAUUCCGACCAUAAAAACACCCACGGAGUAAAAGGAGCUAACAAAAUUAUAGCCGAACAAAUUGCCGAAGGUAAUCGGUCGACCAUUAAAGUCAGAUUUAUUGGAGAGUUAGAAAUUAGGCAAGGACAGGACGACCCCAAUGAAAUAGGCAAAA